UUCAUACGAUAUACGAUAUUUCUAAUCUCUAAUCAUAGUGAAUUUGUAUAAUUUACUUAUAUGUAUUCCACUUGAAUUAGUACCUCUCUCUUUUUUUUUUUUUAAGGCUAUCAAAGUUCAAUUCUUGAAAGUUUGAAUAUAUUUGAAGAAUGGCUUUUAGUUGUUUUGGUUCUUUUAGGCAGUGCAAGGAUAAUAGAGGAACUCAAGUACAAGGAUUAGAGAUUGCCACCAACAAUGUGAGACUGUUUUCUUACAACUCGUUGAGAUCAGCAACGGAGAAUUUCCAUCCAUCAAAGAAAAUAGGAGGAGGAGGUUUUGGAGUUGUCUAUAAGGGGGUUUUGAGGGAUGGAAGGACAGUAGCUAUCAAAUGUCUUUCAGCUGAAUCGAAACAAGGAACCAGUGAAUUGUUGGCAGAGAUUAAUAUGAUUUCAAAUACUCGACAUCCAAAUCUUGUUCAGUUGAUUGGUUGUUGCGUAGAGGGUGUCAAUAGAAUACUGGUGUACGAAUACUUGGAGAAUAACAGCCUUGCCAGUGCUUUACUAGGUUCUAAAGGGAAACAUGUUCCGUUAAACUGGCCCAAGAGAGCAGCUAUAUGUUUAGGUACAGCAUCCGGUCUAGCAUUUCUUCACGAGGAAGCAGAACCACCAAUUGUUCAUCGGGAUAUUAAGGCUAGUAAUGUCCUUAUUGAUGAAAAUCUUCAUCCUAAAAUUGGAGAUUUUGGACUCGCGAAGCUUUUCCCUGAUAAUAUCACUCAUGUUAGUACUCGAGUGGCUGGAACAAUAGGAUACCUUGCUCCCGAAUAUGCGUUGCUAGGACAGCUCACAAAAAAAGCUGAUGUCUACAGUUUCGGAGUUCUUAUUCUCGAAAUUGUAAGUGGCAGUAGCAGUAGCAAUGCAGCAUUUGGAGAAGAUCUGUUGAUACUAGUGGAAUGGGCAUGGAAACUUAGAGAAGAAGGGAGGCUUCUAGAUCUUGUUGAUCCGGAGCUGACAGAUUAUCCAGAAGCCGAAGUGCUACGCUUCAUCAAAGUUGCUCUCUUUUGUAUUCAAUCUGCUUAUAACCAAAGACCUAACAUGAAGCAAGUGAUUAAAAUGUUAUCUAAAGAGGUCAAGCUAAACGAGAAGUUGCUAACCGAGCCAGGAGUCUACAGACCACAUAGCUCUAAACGAUCGAGUUAUAGUAGUAACAUUACUACAUCCUCCAAGGGAAAGAAAGGCGUAACAUCUGCAAAUACAACAGAUUUCCAUAGUUAUCAAAGUGUAUCCGAGAUGGUACCAAGAUAAGUGCAGCUUGGUGCUCGUAUUCUUUAGUAUUUGUAAAUUUCUCCUCUGCUAAUCGGGAAAUGCAAAGUGAGAUAGACAUGAAGUCCCACUAGACAUGCAUGUAUUGUCCCUCUUUAUAACAUAGAGUACCAUUUGUUAACCUUCUCAUGUAAGAUAGAGCUAGAAGUAGCUGGGAAGAACGGAUAUUAGUAGUUCGAAAUUCACUACUGAUAUCCUAGUUGCAUAUUAGUCUGUUGGUUUGUGGGUUCCAACUAAACAAACUAAAUAUAUUUGGUGACUACGGAUAGUUUUCUUCCAUGUUUGA